AUGAGGACGCAGAGCGCGCGCACGGCCGCGCUCGUCCUGUGCGUCCUGUCCUACCUGCCGGUGGGCGCCGCCGUCUCCGACGCGCUCGAGUCCGAGGCGGAGAGCGGCGGCGAGCUCCGGAGGAAGCGCGGCUUCGCCGAGGACUCCCGCGAGCUGCGGCGCCUGGCGCGGCAGGCGGAGCCGCACCGCGCCGCCCCCCGGUGGAAGUUCGCCGGCUCCUUCCACUUCGCCAUCACCGUCAUCACCACCAUCGGGUACGGCCACGCUGCACCGGGCACGGAUUCGGGCAAGGUCUUCUGCAUGUGCUACGCGCUGCUGGGCAGCCCCCUGGCGCUGGUCACCUUCCAGAUCCUGGGCGAGCGGCUGAACGCGCUGGCGCGGCGCCUCCUGCUGGCGGCCAAGCGCUGCCUGGGCCUGCGGCGGCCGCGCGUGUCCACCGAGAACACGGCGUGCGCCGCCACCCUGGGCCUCGGGGCCGCCGCCUUCGCGCGCUUCGAGGGCUGGACCUCCUUCCACGCCUACUACUACUGCUUCAUCACCCUCACCACCGUCGUCGGCGACUUCGUGGCGCUACAGAAGGACGGGGCGCUGCAGAGGAAGAGCCCCUACGUGGCCUUCAGCUUCCUCUACAUCCUCCUGGGGCUCACGGUCAUCGGCGCCUUCCUCAACCUCGCGGUCCUGCGCUUCCCCGCCGCCAGCGCCGACGCCCCCGAGCGCGUUGCCCGCCGCGCCAGCCCGCACCGCCCGGGGGCGCCCGAGAGCAGCUCCGCCUCCGUCGCCCACCGCGUGCGCCGGCUGGAGACGUGCGCCCGCGACAAUCUGGGGUUCUCGUCCCCCUCCGGCCCCGGGGCCGUGCGCGGCGGCGAGGCAGACAGGCCCCGGUCCCGGUGGAACCCGGAAUGGCAGGGGUGGCGUCACCUCCCAGGGCGCCCUCCCCAGGGCUUGCAGAGGGAGAAAUGCACGACUUUCAACCCCGGAAUCCCCUUCGGAAUCAGUGAGGCCAGAUGCUCGCGCUUCCAGCAGCGCUGGGAACUGAGAUGGGCCGGCGUGGAGUGA